AUGGCCACCCUCGAAAUUCUAAUACCCUCCUGGCCCCAGAUAGCCAUCUCAUAUUCCCCGGGCCUCAUAGAAGUCGCCACCACAAUCCUCUGCCAAAUUUUAGGCUUCUGGCUCCCCUGCACUCUCUACCUCCUCAUCGACCUAGCCUUCCCGACCUUCUCCAACAAACACAAACUCCAAUCCGCCCGCCGCCAACCCACCUGGGCCGCCAUCACCCACUGCUUCCGCCGCGUCUUCACCACAAACCUCCUCUCCACACUCCUCCACAUCGCCCUCAACUCCUCCACAAACUUCCAAUUCUCUUUCUUCACAGUCACCCCAACAUACCCAACCGCCCGCGAACUCGCCACAGAUUUCAUCUACGCCUUGCUCCUCCGCGAACUGCUCUUCUACACCGUCCACCGCACCCUGCACCACCCAAAGCUCUACCCGUGCUUCCACAAGCAGCAUCACACCUUUACUGCGCCCAUGGCCUUUGCUGCGCAGUAUGCGCACCCUCUCGAACACUUGCUGGCCAACGUGAUACCCGUCGUGUUGCCUCUGGCGCUGCGGCGCGUGCAUAUCUUGUCAUUUGCGCUCUUCCUGACGUCGAUGCUGGCGGAGACCGCCAGCGUGCAUAGUGGGUAUGACUUUGCGGGUGCGCGCAAGCAUGAUUUACAUCAUGAGAAAUUUCGGGUAAAUUACGGGGUGAUUGGAUUGCUGGACUGGGUUCUUGGGACGGAUGCAGUAGGGUGA